AUGAGCAAGGUGCAGCCUCACCUGACGAAUUUGUGGCAUCUCUUGGAGCAAGGUCAGCGUCGUUUGGAACACGAACUCCAGCAGCAAGCCUCUGUGGGUGCAGUACUGGUGGGUCCCUCGCUCAUGGGCAAGACUUUGAAUCGCAUGUUAUCAAGCUGCCAACGACGAGCACACAAAUCCCUACCUGAAAUGUGCCAUUAUUUACUUGGCUACCCAGAAGCGUACAGCAGUCAUGCAUUUCGUCCUCUUUUUGUCGGUAAUUUGCUCUGCCGUGCUGCUAGCUUGCUGCCCUUGGCCCACACGGAUCUUCCUGAGCCUGAGUCUGUGGCGUGGGUGCCACGGGGGCCUGGUGCGAAUGACCACACUGAGGGUGCUUCAUCGACCGCAGCCCAACCCUCACGUCUGAAUCUCAUGACGCAAGACUUGGAUUAUAUGCACCGUGGUCCUGCACUGCAACUAUGGCCUCUGUACUUUUAUGUUGCGGCCGUCUCGCGCUCCACUGGACAACGUUGCUCUGCUGGUGCCUAUUUGGAGCCCUUUGCCCCAGACCACCCAAAUGCUGCGUAUGCCGUGCAGAAGAUCGCUCUUACAGAUCCUUGGUUGGUGCCGCAAGUUGUCGGCCGUGCAGUGCCUUCUGCAGAGAAAGAUCCCGAACUUCGAGCAGUCCUGCUGCUAUUGUUGUUCAAACCUUGGUCCCAUUCAACUCUGCAAGAUCUCCUUCUGCCGUGCACUGUCAAUCAGGAAAUAUUGCCGACGUGGCUUGCUGCGUUCGAUGAUUUCAUGGCCCAUACUGCGGCUUUACGGUCCUCACCGGCUACACGCCCAGCACCUUUUACGCCGGAAUAUUGGGCGCACCGAGUUUGGGACACUAUAGCCAACUUCGAUGCCUUAAACGGCAGCCUCAUUGACGAUAAUCUCCGGGCAGUACGACAUCAUCCUGGCGUUCUUGCUGGUGAUGCGGCCGCCUCCGAAUUUGUUCCUCCUGUGCCUGGGCCUCACACUUUCGAGGACGAUGUCGCCUCCAAUCCCUCUGACAUGCCCAUGGAUGAAGAUUUUUAUGAAGCUGACUUGCCGCUGCACACCGCUUCUGCUGCCUGCAUGCACCACUUUGAUGAGACGUGGUCUGGUGUACGCUUGUACGCAGAACGCUGCUGCAGUGCACCGAACUUGCGCGCCGCGGAGUAUGCUUCAGAAUUACACGCUCUACAACAGCGUGUAACAGCACCCUCCCGGGAAUUCCGUCAUUCUCCUCAAUUGCUGCACUCUGAAAGUCUUGCAGCUCGCUUAGAGCAAUUGCGCAGUGAUGUCCGGCAGUGGCGACAGGCUUGGCUUGCAGCUGGGCGCUGCAACGCCCCGGAUGGCUCCUUGAAUGCGAAGCAAGCUCUUUUUCUGGUCGUGUAUGGCUUGCAUCUACAAGAACGUGUCUCGGCUGCCAGCGCUUCCACCCAUGCCCCACGGGCAGACUUUAUCUUACUUGGUGGUCCUGGGACCGGUAAGACCCACAUGCUGAAAGAAGUUUUGAAGCUUCAAAAUCUUUUCUUCCCACAUUCGACGCAACAGUGCUCCUACAUGAACAGCGCUGCUCGUCUCAUUGGCGGGCGCACCUUACAUACAGCAUUGGAUUUGCCACGGAAAAACCACAAACUAGGUCAACAAAAUCUGGUCAGCAAAAAAGAGCAACUCUUGUCCCAGUGGCGUGACAUCUUGUUGCUGUGCAUCGAUGAAAUCAGUAUGUUGCCUGCCGACUUGUUCUCUGCCUGUGAGCUACGUGCACAACAAGCCAAAAACAAUACUGAUGCUUUGUGGGGCAACAUGUCUUUACUUCUCACCGGCGACUUUUUGCAGCUGCCUCCAGUGGCUGCGCAAACCUUAGCUGGCAGCCCUGAUGCAAUUCCGAGCAGCGCCAGUUCGGCGCCUUCGACAGCCCAGCCAGACCAACGCCGGCUGAACGCAGCGCAAGGGCGGCGCCUUUGGCGCGAUAUCUCUAGAUGCGUCCUUUUGAGCGUUUCGCACCGCUCACAUGGUCCUCUGCAACAUUUUUUGCAGUUAAUGCGCACUGGCACCAUACCCUCUGCCGCAUGGGACGUUCUACUGCGCCGUGUAUUGCAGCCGCAUGAUACUCGUCUCCGGGAGCCCAAGUACUGGUCCAAUGCUGCUUGUGUGGGUGUCUUGCGGCAUAGCAUUCGUGCGCUUGCUUGCCUCCACCGAGCCCAUCAAUUGGCAUUCCUUGCUGGACAACGUCUUCUGCUCUGCAUCUGUAUUGAUUCCUGCCGUCGUGGGGCUGACGGCUCUUUGUCGCACCCAGGACUUCUUCGCUAUCUUUGCAGCGUCGACAACUUGACUGAAACACAGAACCUGCCUGGUAUCCUCUUUCUCUGGCAUGGCUGCGCAUUGACUUUAGAGGAGAAGGUGGCUGAUCGGUAUGGUUUGGUACGCGGCUGCCAAGGCGAGCUCCAACAUCUUGUUCUCCAUCCAGAUGAACCGACAUUCGACCUGUCCCCGGACUUGGAGCCGCACAUCUUGACAUACAUGCCUUGCAGCCUUACCUUGCAAGUGCCACAGGCUACUUUUGUACAAAGUGCUUUGCUUGAGUGUGGCCAGUGCGCCUUGUUCCCAAUUAUUCGAGACUGGCAGCACUCCACUAAAGCAGAUGGCUUGCCCUUCUUGGAUCAAACUACGCGUGAUAUGCUGCUGGGAUCAACACUAUCUAUCACGCGGAGGCAGUUCCCAUGCACCAACCCAUUGGCCUGCACCGCGUACAAUCUUCAGGGGCAGACUGUU